UUGCAACCCAGUUAGUUGAUUUCUGUCAGUCGUCCAUUGCGCGUCACGUCAGUCGGGGAUCUGUCGUGCGGAAUGCGGAUCGCUAGCAGCAGUAUGGCGCGGGCCUGGUGACAGCCUCAGUCAGUCGCGUGGCGCGAGGGCGGCCGCGAGGUGCUCAUGCGAGAGAGGCGCCGGCACGAUGAGGUGGCGGGCGCGCGCGGGCCCCUACCGCGCCAAAGAGCGCGCCAACAUCAGCUUCUUCAUAUUCAUCAUGUUCUUCGCUGUCUGCGGCGUGAUAGUCCUCACGCAGCUCCUGCUCCUCGAGAGGCCUAACGCCGCCGGCUCGUCCCGCUCCCGGUACAACGAGGAACUCCAGGCCUGGGAGGGGAGGACCGAGACCGGCAACGGGGAGGGGGGUGAGCCCCCCCCACCGGCCCACGCGCCUCUAGACGCCGUUUGGCAGCCUGUUGCGGGUACUAGGUUUAGGUUCUACGUAUAUUCAGCGUUCGUAGAGCGGCGAACAGUUGCGGCGGUGCGCAUAAUCGCAGCGACUAAAACGCGCGGCGCCGAUGCAGUCAUGUGUCGCAUCUGGUUGCCUGAUAACCGCACGCUCACGCUCAAGGCUAGGGUUAAGGCUAUCCGCGAGAACUGGAACCUGAAGUACAGCGCCACCUAUGUUCUGUGUUUGCUACGUGAUACUGGUGUGAAGCCCCAAGAUACCGUAGGAGCUUCCAUCUCAGUGGUGGCAGCCAGCUCACCCACACGACCACCGACCAACUUGCUUACUGUACUGGACACGGAACCUAAGAGCGGUAUUGAGGAAACGCUGCAUGUGUGCGUCAAACCAUUCCAUUUCUCAUACUCCCGGGGUGACUGGCUGAUCGAAUGGUUCGAGCUGAACCGUAUAUUAGGGGCCAGCCAUUUCUACAUGUACAACGAGUCUCUCUCCGCGCCUGUGGGAUGUUUACUGGACCACUACAGGAGGCAGGGGCUCGUCACGCUGCUGCCUUGGAAACUGCCUAUCAUAUCUAAAGUGGAGAUCAGAACGGAAGGCCAGUUCGCCGCCUUCAACGACUGUCUCUACCGGUCGAUGUCGACCACCGGUUGGCUGCUCGUCAUCGACGUGGACGAGAUUGUCAUGCCUCGUCGGGAGAGGAGUCUGCCGGCGCUGCUCACUGCCCUAAGGGCCUCUUACAGCCCGCCUUCUAAAGCGCCGGCCGCUUUUCUGUUUAGAAACGCCUUCUUUUAUAUGCGGUGGGAGGACGACCCAGAAGCGCCAGCGCCGUUACUAACCGCGCGCAAAACGCGUCGGUGGGCGACGCCGCACGCGCUGAAGAAUCGCAGCAAAUAUGCGCUGCGGCCGCGAGACGCGGUCGAGCUGGGCAACCAUUUUGUUUGGGAGCACGCGCCGGGCGCCACGUCGGCUGGCGUGCCCACGGAAAGGGCGCUACUACAUCACUAUCGAAUUGCAUGCGAGUACGGUGGAAUGAACUGUUUAACGGUGCCAUCGACAGUGGACCGCACUGCCCACCGCUGGGCAGAAGAACUGGCCCAACGAGUGGCCGCAGAAAAAGAACAAGUCAAGAGGACUUGCCCGGCGACGUCACGUUGAGGUGACAUUUGAUAUCACUACCAAACCAAAGUCUAGGUAUUAUAGUGACAAGAAAUAUACAGUUUCUUACUUAAUUUAGAUUCUGUAGAAACGUUACCAAAUGUUUAAAAAAUGUUUCACUGAAAUGGAACACGGAAUUUGAAGAUUCACGGAAGUUAUUGCCAGGUAUGAUAAAAACUUUAAUACCUUUUUAGUAAAUAUUAUGUUAGAGUCACGCCGCGAGCUGAAAUACCUACACGAACCACUUACAAAGUGCCAAACCGUCUACAAUUCAUUUAUCCAAUCCAAGAUUAGCUUAAUGUAAGUAGAGCCAAUCCAAGAACGAUAUUCCAUUAUAUUGGACUGUCUCACAUUGUCAUACAUUGCAACAACGUUGGAUUGACUCAAAUAUAUCUGCCAAUGUUGGAUUGACAAUUUAUUGUUUUGGAUUGGCAUUAUUAUCAUAGAUUGGCUCUGUGUAAAUGGUUGAUUUAGCUCACGGAAUGAUUGACGCUGCAAUUCCAGAGUUUAGCUGAAUAAAAUAGGUAAUCCUCUGGACAGAUUCGUAAAAUUAUUUAUAAUUUCAUACAAAUAUCGAUAAAAUAUUUACGUAAGGCCGAAGUUUUUGUACAAGUAAGAAGUGCUUCAAUAUUUAGAAUUACAUGAAAGUCAAUCGCGUUAUAUAUUUUUUACUACAAAGCAAUAAAUACACAUUUUUCAUAGUAGACAUAGCGUAACAUUUGUAAUAAAUAGGUAGUGAAAUAUUUCAAAAUGUUCACACACGUACUUGCUAGUUGCUAUCUAAAGGUAUGAUUUUAUAUGUUUGUAAUUUGAAGAUUUUCAGGCUAUAAAAUUUGAUACAGAUGACAUAAUUUUUUAAAAUGACGCAAUUACGUAAACUAUUUUUCGCAUGCAAUGUACAACAAUGCCUCAUAGG